AACUAUUCAGGGAUUUUGCUUUCUGCAGAUGGGAAAAUGGCUUUGAAAAGCUAUGAAAGCAAGGAUUUGUUCGUGUUAGAUUUUUAUUUCCACAUCAUCGUCUUCAAAACCACAUCGCGUAGAUGAGAACGAAGAGAUGAGAAGGAAGUUUGGCUUUCAGCAGUUAGCUUCAGGAGUGAAAACAGUGGCAUUGGUACUGUUCUUCUAUACGUUCUCAAUUAGUUUGACAUUCUACAACAAAUGGAUGAUAAAGAGGUUUCACUUCCCGCUGUCUGUGUCUGUCGUGCAUUACUGUAUGGUCUUUAUCAUCUCAGCAAUACUCCGACGGGCAUGGGAAUUCCACAAGGGCAAAAAGCGAAUUAUUCUCUCAUGGUCAAUCUACAUAAGAAGAGUUCUACCAACUGCUGUUGCAAGUGCUCUUGACAUUGGCCUUUCAAACUGGAGUUUCAUGUUUAUUACUGUAUCACUAUACACCAUGACUAAAUCCACUAGUAUUGUUUUUAUUAUGAUAUGUGCAUUGCUGUUCAGACUGGAAAAAUGGCGGCCAUCUUUGCUGGUCAUUGUUCUGCUAAUUGCUGGAGGACUCUUCAUGUUUACCUACCAGUCAACUCAGUUUAAUGCCGAGGGUUUUCUCAUAUGUUUAACUGCAUCUGGGCUGAGUGGGAUCCGAUGGACACUUACACAGAUGAUUAUGCAGAAAGAUUCUUUAGGUCUACACAAUCCCCUGGAUACAAUCUAUCAUCUGCAACCCUUGAUGGCGUUAGCAUUAACACCAUUGGCCUUUACCAUAGAAGGUCCGUCAAUGGCCCUCUCCGAGCAGCUGUUCAAUGCGCCUUCCAUGCAUGUUGCCAUUACGUCAGCCUCCAUGGUGUUUUUUGGAUGUUUUCUCGCAUUCAUGCUCAGUGUCUCGGAGUUUAUGCUUCUCUCACACACGUCCAGUCUCACUCUUUCCAUCUCUGGAAUUUUCAAGGAGGUGUGUACCCUGUCACUUGCUACAGAGUUUGGCGGCGAUGAGAUGAAUAUCGUCAACUUUUGUGGGCUGGUCCUGUGCUUGACUGGCAUUGCUGUGCAUGUGGUUACCAAUGCAAGCAAAGAUAGCGAAAAUGGGAAAGAAUUCGAGAAGAUGAAUUUAAAGAAGUCCCUCAUCAAUGGGGAAGAGGCCAUGGAAAUGCUGCUGCUCAGUCGUGCCGACGAGGAGAUGCAAGAUGAAGAGAGUUAGGUGGCAGCAACAGGUAGCA